AUGUCUUCCCCUUCAACACCGGUUCCAACCAGCGGGUACGCUUCUCCUGCCCCCUCCUCCUCCACGACCCCUGCCCCGCCCAGUAAACCUAACGCGCCCCCAAAACCGAAACCGGUCAAUGUGUUUUCUAACGACGGGUCUUUCCUAGAACGCUUUCAGCGACUCAAGAAGGAGGAGGAUGAGAAGAAAAAGCAAGAGGAUGUCAUCACAAAGUGCGUUUCAAACCCUUGUUGUGUGGCCAUGGAUCUCAUCUGCUCUCGUCAUCGCAGGAAACGGGAGUUUGACAGCCGUUUCAAAAACCGGGGCAAGCGCCGUUCUCCUGAUACCUCGAGCCCAGCACCUGCCACAGAGAGCCCUACGCCCGCGAAGAAGGCCAAGGUGGAGGAACCCCUCAGUGCGCCAUUCUCUUCAGCCACCGUGUAUCAGAAAGAGCUACAGAACUACGCCGAUCGCAGCCUGAAGGACAGCGGGAUUGGUGUCCGACCGCUCGUCAAGUAG